UUAACCAAUCAACAAUAACCACCCUGUUAAACCCCCCUAACCAGCCCGUGAGUCUAGCAUCUCUCGCCAACAGUGACGGAGAAAGGAGAGGUUGAAAGCAGGACGUCGUCACCACCUGUAACCAUGGUGGAAGAGCACGGGGAUGUCGUCCAUGGACACGAGCACCAAUCAAUGGGCUGCCUGGGGUCUGGCCCAUUGAUGGGUCCAUCACUGACCGCCCCGUACCAUGCCGCACGGCGGAAGAGCGCAGCGCCAUUCGUGGACGUGCGGGUGGAGUAUCUUGCGGGUGGGCAUGAUUGUUUGAUUUGACCAAUGUAUUUUUAUGCUCAGAUUUGAUGAGUUUGUGUGGCAAAAUUCAAUAUGAGGAUUAAAUCAAUUCUAGCACCAAUCUCAUGUUAAAAUUAGUUCAGUAGGUCACCCGCAAAAAAGUAAAAUUAGUUCAGUAGAUAAAAUGAAAAUAUAUAGAUAAUUACUCCUUUGGGAAACAUAUCUCCAUUUCCGCAUACACAACUUUGUUGCCGUCUCGAUCGUUAGGUACAACCUCAGCUAGCUAGCUCCCAUGGCAUCCUCCUCCCCGACCUCCUCAUCCUGGUCGCCGGAGAACGACCUUCUUACCAAGCCCACCCGCGUCCAAGCUCCAAGCAAAAUAGCCCGCGACGGAGGCGACGAGGACGACGACGACGUCUCGCCCUGGCGGGAUGCCUCGCGGCUGCGCAGUGUCGAAGCCCUGAGAGCCAUCUGCAGGAAGUACUCCAUCCCCGACGGCUUCACCCCUCUCCUCGCCGGCGACCGGUCGGCGCGCGCGCUGCCACCGCCAGGGUCCGUCUGCGUGUUCGUCGACGCGCUGGAGGCCGGGAUGCGCUUGCCUCUCCACUCCUUCUUCGGCGCGGUGCUCGACCACUUUGGGAUAGCCCCGGGCCAGCUCGCCCCCAACGGCUGGCGCGCCCUGGCGGGGUUCGUCGUGCUCUCCCACUUCGCUGGCGCGCCGCCAUCGCUGCCGGUGUUCCGGCACUUCUUCACGCUGUUUUUGUUGCCGCACAGGCUCUACUCCCUCCGAGGCAAGGACGCUGCCAGCGCCGGUCCGCUCUUCCGCCAGUUGAAGGGCACGGACGCGCGGUGGAGGAAGGAGUUCUUCUUCCUGUCGUCACCGGCAGCGUCGCCGUGGCAGUGCCUUGUUCAGUGGGGGAGGCCAUUCAAGUCCGCCACGUCUGACCCGUCGCUCACCGGCCCGGGGAAGGCCGUGGCGGCGAGCCUGCUGCGCGCUCGCGGUGGUUCCCCGAUCGAUCUCACGGCGUAUCUCCGCGACAGCAACUUGGCCGCGGCCAAGAUCAUCGUGGCACUAAAUUUUUUUUGAA